CAUCCAUGACUGUAAUAUCCUGUUACAUCACGCCCAGUCCUUUUCUUCCGUAAGAGCAGGGAAGAGAAAAAGAAAAUAGUGAGGAGAGAGACGGAAGGAGAAGAGAAAGUAGAGAGAGAGGGGAAAGCUAAUUCGCCUUCCCAUCCUCUCCACUACUUCUCUUUAAAAUUCUAAAUAAUAAAUAUUUGUGUACAAAUACUCUCUUUAACAAACCCGCCGCUUUUUUCUCCCCAACCGCGAGAGAGGGAAAUAGAGGAGAGAGAAUGGACUCCGCCGCUCUCGCGACAAGGCUUCUCCAUGCGAUCCCUAACCGUAAUUCCUCCUCCCCGUUCCUCUCCACGAGGUGUCGGCCGUCGCGGAGGCGGCUCUCCCUCUCCGUGCGCUGCAUCCAGAUCCCGAACCCUACCCCCGGCUCCCUUCUCCCCUGCUCCGCCGUCGCCGCCCGGGAGGCCCCCGCCGCCGACCGCCCCCGCCUCCGCCUCCACCGCCUCGUCGACGAGUUCCGCUCCCUCCCCCAGCCGAUCGACCGCGUGAAGCGCCUCCUCGCCUACGGCUCCGCCCUUCGGCCCUUCCCCGAGGCGGCGCGGGUGUCCUCCAACCGCGUCGAGGGCUGCACCGCCCAGGUCUGGGUCACGGCCGCGUUGGACGAUCUCGGCCGCAUGCGGUUCGCCGCCGAUUCCGACUCGGAGAUCACCAAGGGGUUCUGCUCUUGCCUCAUUUCGGUGCUCGACGGCGCGCUGCCGGAGGAGGUACUGGAGGUGAGGCCGGAGGAUUUCGGCGACUUGGACGUGGCCGGAAUGCCGGCGAGGGCCAAGUCGAGGGUGAACACGUGGCACAAUGUGCUGAUCAGUACGCAGAAGAGGACCGAGGCGUUGAUCGCCGAGGGAGAAGGGAGGCCAAGUAGCAGAGUUUGAGCAGGAGAAGGCUUAGGUUGUGUAGGAGAUCCGCCUGGUGGUGUAGGAGUUGGAGUUGACUCCAUUUGGUCGUUAUGAAUGUAGAAAAGUAUUAUCGCAAGGUCCAAAAUUAUGUGAGAGGGCCCUUUUUUUUAAUGAGGGGCAGUUGAAUGACCAAUACAUUUUAGGGAAUAUCUAAUUUAGGAAAUGAGAAAUGCUGCUCAUCAAAAAUAACAUGUUUAGAUUAAUAAAUAAGAGUAAUUUUAGGAUUUAAA